AUGACUUCGAAGAGAAGUAAAAUUCGAGCCGUGUUCAAUCUAGAAGAGUCCGGUGAGCAUUCGUUUUGUGGAUCGGGAAAUCUCGUCGGAGGAUUCAGCUACGAUCCUGAGCGCCUCAUGAGAAAUGAGAUUGUACGAAAAAACGCUAGAAUAUUCCAGUAUUCUACUACAACUUCCCUCUGCCUGAUUUUGAAGUUCUUGCAGUCCGCCUCGGCUAUAGUGGACAUCGUAAGUUAUAUCUACGAGCUGACUAGAGGGUAA